CAACACUUGAUGGAUUUAGAACAGGUGUUCGAGCGCCUGAAGUUAUUCAACUUGAGGGCGAACCGAGAUAAAUGCGUAUUUGCCAGGGAGCGCGUAAACUACUUAGGACAUAUCACCAGCAGCCAAGGUAUUGAACCUGACCCAGAUAAGGUUCGAGCGGUGGUGAAUAUGGCCCCACCGACGAAUUUAAAACAAUCGAAAAGUUUUUUGCAAACUUGUUCAUGGUUUCGGAAAUUCAUUCCGAACUUCUCGGAAGUAGCGCAGCCAUUGACCGAUUUGACUAAGAAGAACAGACCCUGGAAAUGGGGUGAAAAGGAAGUCAGAGCCUAUAAUGAGCUUAAAAGGAAACUCACUGCUAGUCCCAUUCUGCGACAACCUGACUUCGAGCAACCGUUUGUGCUGCGAACGGAUGCUAGCAAUUAUGCACUCGGUGCAGUGCUAAUGCAAGGCCCAGAUCCGAAGUCUGAGAGGCCUAUCGAAUACGCAAGUCGGUUGUUAAACCCCGCAUAACGGAAUUAUUCGACAACAGAGCGGGAAGCGUUGGCCGUGGUGUGGGCCCUUGACAAAUUUCGAGGCUACCUUGAGGGUGCCCAAGUGUGUGUUGCUACUGAUCAUCAGCCUCUUAAAUGGCUGCUGUCUUUGAAGACUCCCAGUGGUCGUUUGGCACGGUGGGCCAUGAGAAUUCAGGCGUACAACCUGAACAUGCAAUACACACCUGGACGGGCCAAUGUGGUGGCAGACACCCUUAGUCGACCUGUUCCCGCAACCCAAACCACAGACGAUGACGGCGCGGAAUCAGCGUGCGAUCUGUGUUCGGUAUCUAUAGAUUUACCUCAUCGCAAUCCGGAGGAAUUGAGGGCAGCUCAAUUGGGAGAUCCGGAAAUCAAGAAGAUAUUAGACGACUUUGGAGAUGGCGAUACUGCUAUGCGUUGGACGGAUCGUGGUUAUUACCUGUCCAACGGAGUGUUGUUCCGCUUCGACCCGGAUGGAGAGUCCGAAGAGCCGCAGUUUGUCGUGCCAGAAGAGAUGCGCAUGGAGGUCAUGAAGGAGCUUCAUGAUGCACCAACUGCGGGUCAUUUGGGGUUGGAGCGAACCUUAAGGAAGGUUAAGGAGAAAUUUUAUUUUCCUCAUAUGCGGCAGUUUAUCGCCAAAUAUCUUAAAGCUUGUGACUUCUGUCAGAAGUACAAGCCUACCAACUUGAAGCCUGCAGGUCUUCUGCAGACUCCAGUCCCACAUCAACGUUUUGAGGUUCUAGCAAUGGACCUAUUUGGACCUUUACCCGAAGGGGAUAAGGGUGAGAAGUGGAUACUUCUAAUCGAGGAUACCGCAAGUCGAUGGGUGGAAUUAUUUGCGCUUCGUGAUGCCACUGCGGAGUCUUGUGCAAAGGCUCUAAUAGAGGAAGUGUUCUUGCGGUAUGGUUUUCCUCGUCGUGUCAUAUCAGAUAAUGGCACUCAGUUUGUCUCUGCUGUAAUGCAGAAAGCUAUGCUCGUAUUGGGAGUGGACCAAUCCUUGGUUCCUGUUUACCAUCCGGAAGCCAAUCCUGCUGAACGGAAGAAUUGGGAGUUGAAGAAACAUCUUGCCAUUCUUGUUGGCUCUGAGCAUCGCCGAUGGCCAUUUGCCCUGUCGAUGGGAGUCACUUGCUUCCACAUAGUAUCGGCGCUACACCUGGUCGCGACAGGCGGAUGUGAUGGCUCAGUGCGACUGUGGCAGCCCUGUGGCCGCGCACCUUUCGCUACGCUUGCAGCUCCUACCUCGCCUGCAAUACUAGAUCUAGCCAUAGUCGCUGCACAUGAACUCAUCAUCGCAUUCUGUAAUAACUGUACGUUAUACAUCUGGGAUCUGUACGAGGAAUGUUUGCUGCAAACAAUCAAGAUUAAGUUUCCGUUUCUAGGAGUUCUCGGCAAGAAGGUGGAGUUUGGCCCGUACUGUAUACAUCCUGGUCCUGUUCGCAAAGAGAAGGAAGAAGAAACGGAUGAAUUAAUAUUAGAAGAACCAAUAGUAAUGUCCCGGCGAGCAUCCAGCGUAUACCAGGGGUCUACUGGUGGCCUUAUGCUGCAGCUUGACAUGGACAACGAGUGGGAUAAGAAAGGAUUGAAAGAUGAACCUGAGUACAAACGGUUUAACCGCUGCGAGAUACUAGUGUCGUGCUGUGACUUCGUGUGCACGGUGCGACUGACUGACGUGGCGGGUGCUGUGGUGCCGCCGCCCGCUGACACGCUUCGAGCACGACGACCGUCUGUCUGGGACUUGCCUGACUAUCCUGCUACAAGCACAUCAUCUACGACUCCUCGUUUGCGACCCUCGUUAGCUCCAACUCCUCAACUUCUGUCGCCUUCUACAGCUGAGUUCCCUCUUACUGAUCUUGAUACAUUACUGGAGAAUGCUGGUUUACAAGGUAUUUUGGAGAAAGACUUCGUUCUUAUGCAAGGACUUAAGAAUGAUCUGAAUAAGAAAUUGGCAGAAAUGGAAGCAAACAAGCAAGUGAUGACCAAUGCAGUGUCUGCAGGAGCGCCGUACUUGGCGUUGAAGACAUACGACCCGAGCCUCGUGGAGCCGGUCGAUGAGAUGCUGGACGAGUACAGACGAGUUAUGAAGCUAUUCCCGAGUACGAGCAUAACUGGUACACCGACUGGAAGUGAGAAGUCCACACCAAGGAGGAGUAGAAGUCAUAGGUUAUGA